CCCUUUGCUCGUUCCGCGAAAUGCCGCUGUACAUGCACUGCAGGCGCAAAUGUAAACCUGAAAUCGAGGCUAUCCCUGUAUAACACUUGAAAAAAAACAGCGCGAAAGUUUCGUUUUAGAUUUGUUGUUGGCUCUAUAAGCACUAUGAACGAACCAAAGCUCCACAGAAAACAUAGAAGUCUAGGGAAGCAGUCUUCAGUUGUAGCUUGUAAUAAUUUUGAAUAUCUAAGCGACGGAACACCAUCGAAAAUUCACUUCUUUAAGUUCACUUCUUUAAUUCACUUCUUGAAGUUUCCAACCAAGCCAUCGCUUCGAAAUCGAUGGUGCAAUUUAAUUAAGCGGCAGCACUGCAGAGAGGACUUUUACGUGAAACCUUCAACGGUCGUAUGCGGCCAUCAUUUUAAGGAAAAUGACCUAUGCAAACCUCCGCGAGGAACGCGGUACAAGCUACGACUAGACAAAGCAUUUGAUCCAGACUGUUUGCCACGGGUCGAAUCCAUGGAUUUGGUAUCAUUUUUAGUGCUUGAGACAAGCUACUACAGCAAGGAUCAAUUUAAAGCUUUUCGGAGUUUGCAAGCGUAUAAUCAGCUAGUUUCAGGGUUUGUGAGCUGUGUGAAAGGGCACAAAACAGGAAAAAACUACAUUGUCACUGGAAAAGUCAGGCACUCGCAAAGAAUGAACGAUCCGUGUGUUACAUUGUGGAUUAUAACUGAGGAAAAUGGUACUGUUCUCUUCACACACUGCGUUGGAUGUAUGGCAGGACAAGGAGAGUGCUGCUCGCAUAUCGCGAGUGUGCUCUUCUACAUUGAAGCAUGGAAUCGUAUGAACGAGAAGCUGUCAUGUACACAGGUGAAAUGUAGCUGGUUGAUGCCUAAGGCCAUCAAAGAAAUUCCCUACGCGCCCGUUUCGGAUAUUGAUUUUCGGUUAGCAAAGAAACUAAAGCAAAAUCUGGAUCACACUAUCAACAGUUUCACAAGCGAUGGAAUUGCAAAGAGUGGGGAGGCGGCAAGAGUUUUGAUUCCUGUGCUAGACGAGACCGAUCUCAGCAAUUUUUAUACUGAGUUGAAUUCUUGCAAAACAAAGCCUGUGUCUCUGAGCUUGAUUCAUCCUUUCUCUGAAACUUUUGAUUCAAGGAGUAGACAUAUACCAACCAUUCCCGAUUUAUUUGACAAAAAGUACUUAGACUUAGAAUAUCACCAUCUGUUGGAGGCAUGUUCAAAUGUUAACAUUCAAAUCACGGUUGAAGAGAGGAAACUCAUAGAGGAAUGUACCCAAAAUCAAUCCCAAGGUUCCAGUUUCUAUCAUUUCAGAGCUGGUAGAGUUGGGGCAUCAAUUAGUAAAGCAGAAGCUCAUACCAAUCCAGCACAGCCCUCACAAUCAUUAAUAAAAACAAUAUGUUACCCAGACAUUUUCAGGUUCAGCAAUGCAGCUACAGAACACGGUUGCAAACAUGAGACCAUUGCAAUUAAAGCAUAUCGGAUGGUCAUGAAGGAAAAGCACACCAACUUUCAUGUUAAAACUUGUGUUGCAUUUAUUUAAAAAAUAUCCCUGGUUGCAUGCUACACCUGACUUUCUUUGUUAUUGUGAUUGCUGUGGUGAGGGGUGCGGGGAGGUGAAGUGCCCCUACUGUUUGAAAGAUACAGACCUUCAAGAUUACCCUGAGAAGUCUAACUCAUGUUUGAAGUCAGAAAGUGGAAUCACAAGUCUUAAAACAGAACAUGCAUACUACUACCAAUCACAACAGCAAAUAUUCACUACUGGAUACAAUUACUGUGACUUUAUUGUUUGCAGUUUUAAUGAACAAAUUUCUUUCUUUUGUGAAAGAAUUCUACCAGAUAUCUGUCACUGGAAUUCUGUUGUUCCCAAACUAACUCACUUUUGGAGAUAUUGUGUUCUGCCAGAAAAGAAAUGUGUCUCAGCCAUCAUCUGUCCUCAGUUCUGUUUGCUUUUGCAGAAAGAGUACUACCGAUGCUGUUGUGACAUGCAGCAACCAAGCAUGUCUCAUUUCUUCUUUUCAUUUAACCUGCUUGAAAGUCCAAGAAGUACCCUACAAGUGGUUUUGUCCUCUGUGCCAAAAAAAUGCUGCAGCCAGAAAUGAGAAAUCGAAAGGCAAACAAACAAAGGAAAUUUUGGAUGAAGCUCUCAGACUGGACUGCAUAUGUUUAUGCAAAAGGAAGCCAUUGCCUUCAGAUAAACUCCUGAAAUGUCAUAAGCCAAUGUGUGAAAGUGGACAGUUUUUUCAUUUGGCUUGCUUAAACUUCAAAAGGAUGCCCAACAAUGCCCUUACAACAUGGGAAUGUAUGGGUUGUAAAUCAGGGAGCAAAGUCAAGCUAAAUAGCAAGGAAGGUAAAGAUGCAAAGGCUUUUUUACAUGAAUGCAAGUUGGACGAUGAUCACUGGAAUUUCAACAGGCCUUACUGAAAAGUCAGCAUCCCUUGCAAAUCUCAAUGAGGAAGAUUACAAACUGAUUUUGUCCCCACACGGCUGGCUUGAUUGCAAUAUCAUUCAUGCAGUACAUGUAUGUCUUAGAAAAAGUAACCCUGGAGUUGAGGGACUGCAGAGACCAACUUUGGGCCCCUGCAGAAACUUUAAUCAGGUCAAUGGUGACUUUAUUCAGAUUUUACACACUGGGAAAAAUCACUGGGUGUGUGUAGCAUCGGUGGGGUGUGGAGAUGGCACAUUGAAUUUAUAUCACAGUUUAUACCAUAACAUCAUUUAUAGUGAAAUAGAAGAUCAGGUUAUUAAUCUUGUUGGACAGGCAAAUUUUACUGGCAUUCAAGUGGUUCCUGUUCAGCAACAGCAAAAUGGCAGUGACUCUGGGGUAUUUGCUGCUGCCUUUGCAACUUGCCUAGCCUAUGGUAUACCUCCCCAAACUAUGCAAUUUCAUAUGAGCAAAAUGAGAGCACAUCUGUAUCACUCCCUAAAGAAUGGUCUAUUGCAAAUGUUUCCAACAUUGUAAUGACUUAAGAUAUGAAACUUCUUUUAGAAACAAAGUCGAACACUUUGACUGGUCUGUGGCAAGACUUCUUCUAACAUUUAUUUAUCUUGGAAUGAACAGAAAGUUGAAUCAACAGUGAAUCUCCCCAAGUUGUUCAAAUUACAAAAACAUAGGGCUAAGUUAGUAAAUUUUAUGGGAGGAAUGGUUUGUUGUAAGCUGAAAAGUUUCAGGGGAAUAAGGGAUGGAUUAUUUUCCUCACUUGCAACUUCCGGCCACUUUAAACCUAGCAUACUUCCCAAUUAAGCUAAAUUAAGCCACAGAUUUGUUAAUUACAUAAAGUUGAAUUAAUAAAGCUUACUCGAAAGGGACAA